AAUCUCUUUCCGUCUUCUCCCACUGCCGACCUCUGGGAUCCUCUCACUACCAUAUUUGGUAGUGAGUGGAAACGCUAACCGGAUACUUCACAUUUAUACAUCCGGUUAUAUAUCUGUCUCGUUGUUCUGACUGUCUGUACUCAGCAGCUGGUGAAGUUAAGUGAAAGCUAAAAUAUGGAGGACAACAGAGACGUGGAAGCUGGAGAAAAUCCAUUUCAACCUUAUUUAGACGCUCUACGGAAGGAGUUAGAACACCAAGACCCCAUAUUUAUUAUCGGAAUUAUAAUUUCUUUGGCUGUUGUUGUCAUUAGUUUUGUGUUGUUGAAGUACUUCCUGAGUAGCAAAACUGUCCAAAGUGCUGUGCUGCUGGUUGGUCUCUGCGAUUCUGGAAAGACCCUCCUCUUUAGUCGAUUGUUGUCAGGAAAGUUCAAGAAGACCCAGACCUCCAUCACAGACAGCAGUGCCCCCUACAAAGCCAAGAACGAGAAGGGCAGCAGCUGGACCCUGAUCGACCUCCCUGGACAUGACAGUCUUCGUCCGCAGUAUGUGGAGAAGUUCAAGUCAGCAGCCAGGGCCAUAGUCUUUGUGGUGGACAGUGCCAUCUUCCAGAAGGAAGUGAGAGACGUGGCUGAGUUCCUGUACUUCCUGUUGACUGACAGUGCAGUGUCCAGGAAUGUCCCCUAUCUGAUAGUGGCCUGCAACAAGCAAGAUAUCACCAUGGCAAAAUCUGCUAAGCUGAUUCAGCAGCAGCUGGAGAAAGAGAUGAACACAUUGAGAGUGACACGGUCUGCGGCUCUGGGCACCCAGGACGGGUCAGCGGGGUCCAGCGUGUACCUGGGGAAGAAGGGCAAGGACUUCGAGUUCAGCCAGCUGCCCAUGAAGGUGGAGUUCCUGGAGUGCAGUGCCCGCGGCAGCAAAGGGGAGAACGGGCAGGCAGAUAUCGGCAGCCUCGAGAAGAGCCUGGCCAACCUGUGAGAUGGCUGGGUCUUGUUAUUGACCAUCUGGUUCCCAUAUAGGUCACUACUUUGGCUAAGAGCCCUUUGCUCUUAGGUGCGUUAUUGUGAACGGGCUUUCUUAGGAUAUUUUCCUGAGGACUCUCAGCAUAUCAGAUGUGUCUCAACAGUCUCUCAAGACUCCAGACUCAAAUCACUAUACUAUGAUGAAGUGAAUAACUUCUUGUGCUGACAUCACAAGGUCAUGUGCUGACAUCACAAGGUCAUGUGAUGUAGUGAAUGCCAAUUUGCAAAAAAAAAUUCUGAUAAUGAAAAUAAAGUGUUUGCUUUUCUCCAGCAGGUGUUGUUGCUAUACGUUUCAGUGUUUCCACUAUAUUCCCCCCCCAAAAAAUCUAUAAAUUAAAUAUAUAUAUAUAUAUAUAUAUAUAUAUAAAUAAAUAAAUAAAAAAAUUAUAACAAUAAAACCUGUAUAGUAAAACGUUUUUUUAGUGUUAAUGUAAAUUAUUAAAACCACAACAUAUGUAGGAAAGAUAAUGGCUUUUUUUUAUUUUUUAAGGAGAUAUUUGAGAACUAACAAUCACCUAAAUAAAAACAGUAAGGGAGAACAUAACAUUUCCAAAAUGGCGUUGAUGUGAUGUUUGAGUCACUCGGCUGGCAAAAUGGUGUUGAUGUGAUGUUUGAGUCACUCGGAUGGCAAAAUGAGUAGAAUUGCAGGAAACUUUGCCAUCGCUGCUGAAAAAAAAUCUUAGGCGGAAAAACAGCGUUUCUGGCAGAUGACCCGUCCCUUUCAUAGUUUCAUACUCACCUACUCCUAUGAAACAGUGUGAACAUCUGCCUACUUGUAUUAUGUGUUAAAUUAGCUUUGUCAGACGUCUAGCACUUAAAACCACCCUUUUUGAGACACAAAUGUUAAUGUGGUGUGAGAUAUUUACUGACUCACCUCUAAUAGAUUACAACUGUUUGUAUUCCAAAAUCAGCUUAGUUCCUUUCUGGAACAGUUUAGUUGAAUGUUCAUCAGUUUGUAUAGUUAUCCAGUGUAUUAACAUUUGAGGGGAAACCGUGAAUCUGUACCACUGUGUUAAGACAAAUAGGAAUGUUAUGUUAUUCAGCUUGUAAAUAAAAUGUCUUUACAGA